AUGGCUUGCGUCUCGCUCCCACCGCUUGACUUUCUUGCGAUUCCGUCAGCGCCUGCAGCGACGACGAGCUCGGAGCCCGUCGCCGUACCAAAAUGCAACUUCCUACCACUCCUCAUUUUCAAUACCCACACUCUCCAGCUACUGGGCCAGCCCACCUUCAUGGCCAUUGGGGUGUCAGGUGCGAUAGAUGCCAUUCGUCCCGUUUCUGGCAAUGAUGUCACCGCGUACACGACGAUACUAACUCUCAAACUCCAAACGUUUCUCUUGAAGCCAGAGCAAAAUAGUGUUAGGUCGGCGUUUUCCUUCGUAAAGGUUGCAUCUCACCGCCGGCGCAAGCUCGUCGGCGGCCCUUGGCAUCACAGAUCCCACCUUGCACAUGCAACAUCCCACUCGCAGCGAGCCGCUCCUCAAGAACGACCCCUCAAGAACGACCCCUCAAGAACGACCCCUCAAGAACGACCCCUCAAGAACGACCCCUCAAGAACGACCCCUCAAGAACGACCCCUCAAGAACGACCCCUCAAGAACGACCCCUCAAGAACGACCCCUCAAGAACGACCCCUCAAGAACGACCCCUCAAGAACGACCCCUCAAGAACGACCCCUCAAGAACGACCCCUCAAGAACGACCCCUCAAGAACGACCCCUCAAGAACGACCCCUCAAGAACGACCCCUCAAGAACGACCCCUCAAGAACGACCCCUCAAGAACGACCCCUCACUCUCCCCUCCAUCGCUCCAAGUCGAGCUGGUUCGCCGGAGGCCGUCCCAGCGCGCAGCACUGCAUUGUGGUUCACUCAUGCCGUGUCUGGCGGUGAGGAGGCCCGAAUCCGCGAGUUCGGUUCGCAGUCGCCGACCAUACACUCGACCAUACACUCGACCAUACACAACCUUAAAUUAAUUCCACAUGUAGAGUCUACUCCGUACCUCGCGUAUAGAUGCUGCAGUGGGUUUACAGCCCUCGUCCCCCCACCACUUCAUCAAAAAUUUCCCCGCGCAACAAUACAGUUAUUUAUUGUACACGGUACUGACAGUUAUCCGACUCGGGGCACUCCCAGAAUGACGCACAGCCGUCCGGACCACCGCGCCAUGGCACCCCCGCGGUUCCGGCGCCUUUCCACAAAAUGGAACUGGUGCUAGGAAUUCCUGGAGCGCAAGGGAACGGGUGCAGACACUUGCAGGGCAGGUUACAUCCUGGGUUGUGCCGUAUCUGACGGCUCUACUGGCGCAUUUUGGGGUCCAAGAUGUCGAUUAUGUAUACCCAGACGCCGACGUCUUGAUUGGUUCCAUACCCCCCAUGAACCACCACCCAGGAUUUCGAAGGGCGCGCGCAUCUCAAUUCCGACUUCGGGCCGGCGAGGAUGCGAUAAGGCCAAUCAUGAGGAAUGCGGACGACAUUUCCUUACCAAUGGUGAGGGGCAAUCGCGGUGCGGCGACACUGGUGGGAGCACCACACUGCUGGGAUAUAGAUAUCACAUGCGUCACUCGCUCGCCCGUUUAAGCGAACCUGCAUAAUCAGAUGCCAAGACUAGGCGAGGAUAGCGUGGGGUGGCUUGAUGGCUUGAGACGACAUCAUUGCACAGUAGUAGGACGUAGGACGUUAGUAUAAGGAUGGGCAUGACCAAAGAUCGGUCUGGAGAUCGACUGCGAAAUCUGCCAAGUGCUGUCAUUGGGGUAGUAGAGCAUUGCAAGGCUUCUAACUAACAGUUAGAAGCAGAUGGUGUUCGCUGAGCCGUCUGUCUCCAUAAUACGGAGUUGGGGAUCCACGUAGUUGUAGUGUCACCCCUCGCCCUGCUUCUCGGAAGAAACAGGGCGUUAAUCUUGACUUCGUUGUUCCAAGGUUUGACAGAUUCGGUUGCCCGUGGCAGAUACGAAGUUUAGCGCUGCAGCACAGAUGUAGUAUACUGGGGGUGGCAACGGCAGUUAAAACUUUCACGAUGAGUGAUAAUGUCAGAAACAGAAACAGCUUGCUGUAUUCAUAAUCCCCCCAUCAAUCUACUCCUGAUAAAACCCCAUGUUCCCCACGGAAAGAAACCACUGUGCAUAAUAAUUAUUAAGA